AUGGCGUUUUUAUUUCGUGGGUGGGAAGAUGUGGAGGGCGAAAGCCUGGGGAGAGAUUCGGCCUCGAGCUCUGCGGUGUAUACAGAGUUGCGCCUCCGGGGUCUCAUACGAACGGAGGAAGAAAAGGAGAGGCUGCUGGAGCUGUGCAGCGGCACGGCAGAUGCUGUAUGGACAUGCGGAAGCGUGCAGAGGCAUGCAUGCAGCACGGUGUUUCACGUAGAUCGAGGCGUCUUGGUAGGAGGACUUCAUGCGAAGCGAACUGCGGAAGCCGUUCGCGUUUGUGCGGUGGAAACGUCGCAAAGCAUCAGGGGUCUCUUAGGCAUGCUAGGAUUUAGGCGUGUUGGCAUGGUCCACGUGAAAGCCGACGUCUUCCACUUUAAACCGAAGACUUCACGGCAUGUCGUGCUACUCGUUCAACGGCACUUUCUCGACCCUGCCCACCAGCAGCCUUUGUGGGAAGGAGGCGAGAGUUGUUGGCUCGUCGAGUUGCUUGCACGUCGCAGCUGUGAAGCAGCCACUGCAGCGGCAGAAGCAGCCCUGGCUGCCGUUGCAGAUACACUCAAACCGGUUGUUAUGCUGCGCAAAGUUGAUCCGAAGGACUAUGCUGAAGCCGAGGCGAGAGCCAUGCGUGCUGCAGCCCUUUGA